AUGAGUGUGGCGGACGUGGCGGCUUGGCUGCCGGCGACAACGGGCGCGGCCACACGCGGGAGAGCACACGCGGGCGUCGCCAGGCGAGCAGGAGGUAGCGGCGGGCGCGGCUCGCGCGGUGGGACGCAGACGCGGGCAAGGACGAGGCAGGGCGCCGGCAGGGACGAGCGAGCGAGGCUGGCGGAACCACGAGUGGGCGCGGUGAGCGCGCGUGCGCACGGCGGAGGAGGCUGGAGCGGGGUGAGCAGCGGCAGUGGGAUGCGCGGGCGAGCGGAGGUCGCCGGGGCGAUGCGGGCACGCAUGGGCCGCGGCGAGCGCGUGGGAGACAGGGAAGAGAGUGGAGGGGCGCGGGGCGCGGCCGCAGGCAUGUAG